AUGGACCGCCUUAUCCGCUUCCUUAUCCUUCUCAACGCGCUACCGCUCGUCGCGCUAAUCAUUGCCGUUUUCAUUCAAAACCUCUUCCGCUCCAUCCUCCAGCUGCUCCGCCUCGCUCCCCCGGAUCCCCCCGACCUCCCCAUUUCCGCACGCCCGCGCGCGCCCGCUCCCCCCUCGGGCCUCUGGUUUGUCCGCCAUCAAAGAUCACUGGGACAGGCGGAGGGGGAGAUGAUGGAAAACGCGGGGGAGCUCAGGCAGGGGGGGAUUGGGGGGGAUAUGAGGGGAUUAGGCGGGCAGGUGAGGCUCGGGGAAGCGGGAUGGGGGAGGCCACGGGUGCAGGGGGAAACAGGAGAUUGGCGGAUGGGGGAGAUGAGAGGGGGACGAGGGCACUCGGGGCAGGGUCAGGGGCAGGUGGGGUUGGGCGCAUCAAGGAACGGGCAGGAGGAGUUAAUCCGGGCAGGAUUUGAGGAUGCUGGGGGGGUUGCAGGAGCAGGGAGGGGAGUGGGAGGGGUACGAGGGGCAGUGGGGAAUAUGGGCCCUGGGCGUGGGGGAGGUGGGGCAGGUAGGAAUGUGGGGCGACCUGGGGAGAUGGGAUUAGGGAUGGGUAGCAGAAGUGGAGGAAUGUAUGGGUCCCAAUCUCAGGGCACGGUGUGA